AUGAAUGAUGAUCCUCCUACUCAAGAAAAUGCUCCUGUACUACCAAUUCCUAUAUCAAUGAGAUUUAAUAUUUUACUUGCAGUUCAUGUACCAUCGUUUAUUUGUUAUGUUGUCGUCAUUGUUUACAUCUUCACUCACAAAACACUUCGUUCAGCACCAAAUAAUUAUACUCUUCUUUUUCUUUUAAUUCUUCAAUUCUUUGGUAAUGCAAUUGAUAUUCCAUUGUUACUGAACUUUUUUAAACAAGGCAGAGUACUUUUUGAAAAUGCUAUCUUUUGCUAUAUUUGGAUAUUUCUUGAUCAUAGUAUUUGGUCAAUAUGCACCAUGUUAGUGGCAUGGGCGUCAUUUGAACGACAUAUUCUCAUUUUUCAUGAUCGGCUUCUGCGCAGAAAAUGGAAAAAUAUAUGUUUACAUUAUGCACCUCCUUUUAUUAUUAUUAUUUAUUACAUAUGUUAUUUUCUUUAUACUAAUAUAUUUUAUCCAUGUGAACAUUCGUUUGAUUUUCAAAGUCCUCUUUGUGGUCAUCCAUGCUAUGUAUUUGACAAAAUUUUAAUGUGGUGGGAAAUGCUAGUUCAUUUUAUACUUAUGUCAGUAUGUAUUACUAUAUUUAGUGUUUCUCUCUUGAUUCGUGUGUUUGCCUCAAAACGCCGUCUCCAGCAAUCACUUAGUUGGCGAAAGCACAGUAGAAUGGCUUUUCAACUCAUUUCGAUAUCUUUCCUUUGUCUUGUAACACUUUUACCAUUUAGUAUCGUCAACAUACUUUUCUUCGCUGGUUUUCCUGGUUUGCCAUUAGAGGCAAUAGAUUAUUGUAUUUUUAUUACUUAUUUCAAUUCGAUGUGUCUACCAUUUGUAUAUUUGACGUCAAUACCAGAAAUAUGGAUCCUAUGUAAAAGAACAAUACGUCGUGCAACUACCCGACAAAUGGCUCCUAUGACGCUUGCUAACUAA